AUGGCUGAUGCCGCGGUGGAUAGACCUGAUCGGAGAGAGGAACUCCUCGGGGUUUCAAUCUUCCUGACGGGUUUCGCAGCUAUCUUCGUUCUUGCGCGCCUGUAUACAAGGCUGUUCUCAUCCAAGACAUUCGGCUGGGACGAUGGGUUCAUUCUGCUGGCGCUCGCAGCGAGUAUUGCUGGCGAGGGCUUGACGAUUACCUGCGUUUCCCACGGACUUGGCCUGACGAUCUCCAAGGUCGAGGGGCCCGACAUCGUUGCCGUGCUCAAGUAUUCUCAAUUUGCCAUAUUUUGCAAUGGUAUCGCGAUGGGAACCAUGAAGCUGGGAAUUGGUCUUUCGCUUAUUCGACUUCAACUGAGCAAGAGAUUCAACAUUCUUGUGACCAUCUGUAUCGUGCUCAGCGUCCUCGUCAACGGGACUGUCUUUCUUGGUACCUUUGCAUUAUGCAGGAAAAUCUGGAAUCGAGCCGUGCCUGGAACAUGCUGGCCCCGAAAAGCCAGUUUGGCAUUCUCAUACACCCAGACGGUUGGCAACAUUGUCACAGAUCUCUUGUUCACUCUUGGGCCGCUGUUUUACCUGUCCCGAGUCAAAGUCUCGAAAUAUAACAAAUGGGCGUUGCGAGGCGUCUUCUUGAUAGGUUUGCUGGCUACUGCAUGUGCAAUUGCGAAAGCGACAGAGCUUCCGGCAAUUCAAAAGACGCAAGACCCGACCUAUGACACGGUAAACCUGACGAUCUGGGUGAAAGCCGAACUCUCUGCGGGGCUUUUCGCUGCCUCUCUGCCUCCACUCAAGGCCACUUUCGAACGCUUCCUGGUGCGUGUGUUGGGCGUACGCUCCGGUCUCACUACUCCCUCAGCGACGCAUUCGAAAGGCCUGAGCUACGGCCACAGCCACACAUUUCGAUCUGGGCGCCGUGUUGCGCCUGGUAGCACCGUGGGCACGGGCUUUGAGGACGAGCUGCCUCAUGGAACAGCCGUGUAUGUGAUGGGAGACAUGGGAAAGAUGAAAAGACGGGACGAACAAGAUGACUACAAUGUUGACGAAGACCAGAAGCAUAUUCUUCAGACUGGGAGUGUGAAGACCGCAGCGGGAAGUGAUGGGGCUGUGGAGGAGCCCGGGGACUGGAUUACGAAGACGGUGGAAUAUACUGUGGCCGAAUCUCGGUCGAUAAGGGAGGACAGGGACAGAUCACACUAA